AUGCCACUUGCGUCUGCCUCGUCACAGAACCCUCAGAACCCACAUCAUCUCAACCAGCAAGCACACAUGCGAAACUCUCAACCCGAAACGAAAACAAAUCAACCAGCAUCGGCUUCACAAUCUACGACACCUCCUCGAACCCCUCGCAGAGGCAACCAACCUACUUCUCAAAGCGCCAACACGAACGGCCCCGACAGCGGGUCAAAACAGAAGUCUAGGAACAAAAACCGGCCCAAGAACGUGAAUACAUCUCCUGCUAUGAUGCGGAACGGCCGCAAUACCCCGCCUUUGACGGGCGCUCAAUCGGCGGGUAUCCCCUCCUCCGCGAAGCCCAUCAACACACCCUCAGCCACAGCUUAUGCAGGCCCUACUUUUCAUGCGUCACCAGCUCCGUCUGCUCUUCCGAUACCGAGUUUUUACUCCAAAUCAGUUCCAGAUUCUCCCGGGGUCAAGGGGCUCAAAUCUGCAAAGGAACCGCAGUUGAAGAAGGAAACACCUUCGUCCAACAACCUGUUCACUCCUCCGCCUCCAAAUAAUCUAUUUCAAAGGGAAGAAUCUCCACUGGACCUUUUCUUCAGGGCGGACAGGGAAGAAAAAGCUAGAGCACGAAGUGCAAGUUCCACUCAAACUGCUGUAGCCCCAACUGGACCAUUCCAGCCCCCCAUGGAAUCGCCUCGAAGCAGCCAGACCCCGCCAGCCCCCCCCACGCACAGCCGUCCACGUCCGGGACAUGCUAGUAAGAUGUCUGCAAACGGAAUGUUUGCUAUGGAAUUGGAUGGGGAGCCCGAUGCGGGAACACCAUACGGGCCGGCUUUUUCCACGCCGUAUGCUGAAAGAAUCCAUGCCGCACGUGCUUCCAGCCAGCCCGCACAGUCCAUCGAGCGGCCAUUCCGUGAUUCACAGCAACCUUUGGACAACUCAGAAGCUCUCAAAGCCUACCUUUUCUCAGGUCAUCCACUCCCCUCUUCUGAUGAGACGAAGUCGAAUGGAGCUACGCCUCCCCCCGCGGAAAUCUCUCCUUCGUCGCGUGCACAUCAACACACUCCGACUCAUGCCAGUGGACUGCGAAGCGCUGGCCUACCAGCCCGGCCGUACUAUAACAGUCAUUCGCAAGAGAGCUUGAGUCAAGCUCCAAGGCUGCCUAGUCGAUCUUCCGGCCUCCGCCAAGAGGUGACACCAACGAAAACUCCCACGAGAACGCCGGAGCGUAGCGGCCCUUAUUUCCAAUCGCCACCAUUGUUUCCCAAUACCGCAACACCUGCGGCUAACAACUUCGUCGACACAAUGGCACCUCAUGCACCAUCACCAGGUCCAAUCUCAACAACUGGCCUGUCAUCUGAAAGCAAGACCGCUGAUCUUCGGGGAAUGGAGGACAGUCUUCGCAGGAUACUAAAGUUGGAUUCAGCACAGAGUUCUGGGGUCGUUGGUGGAAGCUUACCUGCGGCAUCAUCAUCGGUUCCAAAUUACGUUGGCGGCAGGCCUCCUCCUAUGAAUGGUAUGCAUAAUGGAGUUAUGGGAUCUUGA